GAUCGCACCAAGUCCUGUGGUAGCACCCGUUCGUUGUGUACUUACCCACCAGCCAUCAGUUGGAGCUGAUCUACAGAACUUUGUGGUUUUGGGUAGCUCGAUGUGGAAGAAAUGUUUACUGUUUUUACGAGCCUGUUACUAGUGAUAACUGCCGCGGUGAUCGUGGAGUUGAAACCCAUCGACAGUAACGAUGUUGGCACCUCGCUGGGGUCCACAACAGGAAGCUUAGAUGAGCCGCAAACUACCACACCGGAUUACUCGCCUACAGUGGAGGGAAAUCGUGUUAUACUAGGCCUUCCUGAUCAGUUGUUUUCCUCCUCGGCAAAUUUGACACUACGAUUGCGAGAUCUGGUUGGGGAUCUUAUAAUGCGAAGCGCCGUUCGUUUUGCAAAACUUGUCCGUUUUGUGCAACCGGUUUUCGGCAACAAUCUGGUGAUAGAAAUUCCUAAAGAUAUGGAGUGACUCACUCAAAAGUCUUUUAUUGUAAAUAAAUAUACAAAACUUGUACAAACGAAUAACAGAGAG